AGUACGUCAUGCAGUUGUCUCGUGAAGCGCGGUAGAGCGCGGCUUCUCAUAUUAGAUACAUACAUUUACAUCUAAAAUAAGCAGUGUUCUGUAUAGAAAGAGUAAUAUUGUGAUUUGUUGACAUAUUGAACAUAUUUACGUUGUACCUUGUUUGUGAAUGAACAAAAAGAGCGGGCAAAAAUCAGUGCAAGUGGCGAUUGUAAGCUAUUUAUAGCCGGACCUAUGGCGCGAUAAAGUUGUUUUAUGAGAUUACCAUAUUCCUAUGUGACAAUGCAAUGAAAUAAGCAUUCCAAUUGGAUUUUCUCUUUCUAUACUAUUGUUCGUGUCUCCAUCUUGGAUCUAAUUCAAUCGCUUCAUAGAAAAUUAAGGCGCCGAAACGAGUUUGACAGUUCACAGGCGCACACAAGCGCGAUUCUAGAUACACAUGUGUGUGUAAAUUGAGCAGUGAUGUGAAAUUCUUGCGCUUAUCGAUUAGCUAGAUAAUUUCAAGGGCAUUAUUGAAUACCGACCAUAUAGAACACGGUACAUCUUGUUUUAUGUUAUGCCAGAUAUCGGAUUACCUUGUCGCGUAUUAUUCAUGAUAUAAAUAAAUAUGGAGUCCUCUCAAAUCCUAAAAGAAACUGGGGACACGACGCGUAGCGCGUCAACGUCGAGCUCCAACCAGCUAUUUAUGUCUGAAAGCUUGGAUUUACCAGACGAUACAUUCCGUAUGAGUUUAGAUUACAUAUCCGUAAUUGGCGAAAACGUUACUAUAUGCGACAGGAAGACGUCGGUUGAUAGUGACGCGAAUAAUUUAGUUAUAGACACACUCACACCUUGUAAUACACCCAUCGAGACUAACAAAGAUUUAACACAGUCAGAACCUCCACUUCAGGAAACGCCUAAAAGAGCUGAAGAUGUAAAAACAAAUAAAUCAUUAUUAAAACUAUCAUUAACAAAGAAUAUAGACGAUGGUUUUCUUAAGCCGUCUUCGGUAGCCGACAUUAUGUCUCCCGCGAAAAUGCUUCAGUUCGAAGUGGAUUUUGCGAAAAGUUCCACUCCGACUAUGAAGAGAGCGGCGAUUGAUUUUAACUUCUUCGGCGAGAAUAACUUCGAAGAUUCUGACGACGAAACAAACGCUGGCUUUGAGGAAAAAGAUCCCAAAAUGUAUAAAGAAACCCCAGUUAUUGUCAAGGCUAACACCGUCCGACACCAAAUCGAAUACGUUAAUUUGAACAGUGCAUCCAAAGUGGACAUCUCACAUUUUGACUUGCUCAAAGUUUUAGGCACUGGCGCGUACGGUAAAGUGUUCUUAGUAAGGAAGAGAUGUGGUGUGGACGAGGGUAAGCUAUACGCUAUGAAGGUGCUGAAGAAGGCCAGCAUAGUGCAGAAACUCAAGACGGCGGAGCACACCAGGACGGAGAGACAGGUCUUGGAGGCUGUGAGGGCCUGUCCCUUCCUGGUGACCCUACAUUACGCCUUCCAGACAGAUGCCAAGCUACAUCUCAUACUCGACUACGUGGCCGGCGGGGAGCUGUUCACACACCUGUACCAACGAGAACACUUCCACGAAAACGAAGUCAGGAUAUACAUCGCCGAGAUCAUACUGGCGUUGGAACAGCUGCACAAGCUGGGCAUCAUCUACCGCGACAUCAAGCUGGAGAACAUCCUGCUGGAUGCGGAAGGUCACAUCGUGUUGACGGACUUCGGGCUGUCCAAGGAGUUCUGCGGCGGAGAGAGCCGCGCCUACAGCUUCUGCGGCACCAUAGAGUACAUGGCCCCGGAGGUCGUGAGGAGCGGCUCCCAGGGACACGACAUAGCUGUGGACUGGUGGUCUGUGGGAGUAUUAACGUACGAACUGCUGACGGGUGCUUCGCCCUUCACAGUCGAGGGCGAGAAGAACACUCAGCAGGAGAUCACCAAGAGAAUUGUGAGAUGCAGUUACCCCGUGCCCAACGACGUCAGCCCCGCUGUUCAGGACUUCAUCAAGAAACUUUUAGUAAAGGACCCUCGUCGUCGUCUAGGAGGCGGUGAUGAUGAUGCAGAGGAAUUGAAACGACACCCCUUCUUCCAGGACCUGGACUGGGAGGCGGUGUCCCGGCGCGAGGUGGCCGCCCCGUUCGUGCCGCAGCUGUCGCACGCAGCUGACACGUGUAACUUCGCCGACGAGUUCACCAGGAUGCCGCCCACCGACUCGCCGGCACAGGCGCCCAAACACCACGACAAACUGUUCCUAGGUUACUCAUAUGUGGCACCCAGCAUCCUGUUCUCUGAGAACAUCAUCUCGGAUCAGAUCUGGCUUCAGGCGACUGGACAGAAGCACGAGAAGCUCAAGGGAUGGAUCGCUAAGGACUCGCCGUUCUUCCAGAAGUAUUCUGUUGACUUGAGCACUCCUCUGCUGGGUGACGGCUCAUAUGCUGUUUGUAGGAAGUGUAUACACAGACAAACGGGCAAGGAAUAUGCUGUUAAGAUAAUAUCGUCACAGAAGAAGGACGUGAAGCAAGAGAUAGACCUGUUGAAGACCUGUCAGGGCUGUCCUUACAUCAUACAGCUGCAUGAGGUGUUCCACGACACUGCGUUCACGUACAUAGUGACGGAGCUGGCGAUGGGCGGUGAGCUAUCCUCGGUGCUGGGCGCGGUCAGCGAGCGGGUGGCGAGGAGGAUCAUCGUCCAGCUGUCGCUGGCCGUUAGACACAUGCACGCCAGGAGUGUCGUGCACAGGGACCUCAAGCCUGAGAACAUCCUGCUCAGCAGCACCCGGCUGCACGAAGCUAAGGUGAAGGUGGUGGACUUCGGGUUCGCGAGGCGCCUCCCCGACUGUGACGACCGGCAGAGGAUGAUGACGCCCUGCUUCAGCCUGCCGUACGCGGCGCCAGAGGUCGUGUCGUGCGCGAGGGGCGCGGCCGCCGGCUACGGCCCGGGGUGCGACCUGUGGAGCUUGGGAGUUAUAUUUUACUGCCUGGUGUCUGGGCGGGCGCCCUUCUCUCCGGGGGGCCGGGAGCCGGUCGCCGCGCUCGUACAGAGGAUCAGGGCGGGGACCUUCACUAUGGACGGUCCUGUUUGGGACAACAUAUCCAAUGACAGUAAACGUCUGAUCGCCGGCCUCCUGGCCGUGGAACCAGCGGACAGGCUGACCAUCACGCAGGUGCUGCAGGAGCUGGGAGUUAACUGUGACGACGGGAGCGGGUUCAAAUUACAGGACAUGACCAAAGCCGAUCUCUACAAACGUCGCAGCAAGAACAAGCAGCGGGGCUACAGUGACGGCGACCAGGGAGCGACGGAUGCCGACAACGACCACGACACCUCCAUCACGGACACGCUCGACACGCUGCACCGCAUCAACAAGAACUCCAUAGAACACGACGUGGCGCUCAUCAAAGCUAACAUCGCGCACACGCCCGACGCCGGGGACCACCAUCUCACGGAGGACAACUACGAAGUCUCUCCGCUCAAACCCGUGGAGAAGACCUACUCCAAGUCUAGAUCCAAACUAGACGAAUAUAUUUAUAUAGAGAGCAGCCAGGGACUCGAGGACACGGAAGUAGCGUUCCCGAAAACCACGCGCAAGAAGGAGUCUGCAUCGCCCCUACCAGCGAAGAGAAGAAAAAUAGACACCAGGUCCGCCAAGAAGACAGACUCGACCGCCGAGACACAGAAGAGAGGCAGAGGGAGGCCCAAGAAGAACGUAGAGGAAGUUAAAAACACGGAGAAGAAAACUAGAAAUACCAAAGAGUCUAUAGAAAACGACAAAACUACACUCACGAGAGUCACGCGGAAGAGAAAGUACGAGGAGAUCGCGAAACCGGUGUUAAGGGAGAAGGGGCAGAACGGGAGACAGUCUAAGAACAGUGACGGGAAGGUGGAGAACAGAAAGAUAGCGAGGCCCAAGAGGAAUGUAGAAGUAAGAGUAGAACUGGACAACGUGAGGAUGACCAGGUCGAGGAGGAGGAGGCUGGAGGUGAGUCUGUCGCCCUCGGAGGUCAAGACUGUCAUACCCGCCUUCUCCUUCGAGUCGGACAGGAGAGUCAACUCCGUAGAGAGCAACAGGACAGCCGGCGCUAAGAACAAGAAAGCCAAAGGCAAAGCGAAAAGACAAGCCAAGCCCAAACGAUCCACACGAGCCCGCGCCGCCAGGAGGUGAACCAAAAACUAAUUAACGCUAACCAAUAGUUGACGUACGGUCGAAUUUAUAUUUUGCGAUAUCGAAAUUCGGAAAUAUAAGAGGCGGGUUGCUCACGAGUAGUUUAAAGGGAAUUAUUUAUUCGCACGGCCGGCCGCGACCGCCGCGACCGCCGCCGGCCGGCUCCUAAUGAAUUAACCUGUUUUUUUAUCCUUUUAUUUAAUGUUACUAUUACUUUUAAGUCACCUCUCCCUAUUACCAUUAGAGUUAAUUCCUUGAUGUUGGUUAUUAUGUAUUUUAAAUAGAUAAUAUUAAUUAUUAGGUAAUUCCGUGGAGUACGGUCGAGAGCACUUCAUCCUUUAGCUAAAUUUUAUGAUUAUUCGACUUCGUUUCCGGGCUUGUCUUGCUUUUCCCAGCUCCGGGUACUCAGACGCCGACGGUAUCAAUAGAUCUCUUUGAUUUUGAAAUGUUAGUUUGUGUGUAUAUCUGUUUGUUAGUUUAUACUAGGUUAAAUUGUAAAUCGUCGUCAGCCGAUCACUCCCUUCAUAGACCAUAUCUUCAUUUUCCGUGUUGUAUAAUUUGUGUGAACGGUGAAAGUGCCAAAGCAUGCUUUUAGUGAAUUUAAAGUAACAGCAGUCGUCGCUGGUCACCUAUGAUUUCCUUAGAGUUCGUUCGCCUCCGUCGUUGUAAGCGCUUUACCAAAUAAAUUUUAUUUCAUUCACUGUAUAUAAACUAGUGUUUAGUACAAAAUUGGUGGAAGAUAAUAUUAAUGCAAAAUCUCAAGUCUCAAGGUCUCAGGUUCAUAUCAUCCGUGCGGAAAGCGACAUCCCCCGACCUGGCCCUGACUGCGGCUUGAAUGUGUUCAAAUUGAAAUAUAUCAGAUAUAUAUCGACAAAUAGAAUAUUAUACUGGCCUCUGGCCGCGGACUGUUGGACGUUUGAAGCAAUAACAUUUGAUUCAUUUAUAUAAAAUGCUUUAAAAAUUGUUACAUCUGCGAAAUAUAUAGACUUCUGUUGUAAAUACAUGCCGAGUUUACACAUUGUAUGUAUUGAGGUGUUGAAACUUGUUGCCAGAUAAUUAUCACACAUUAUCAGCUGUGCCAUACAUACACACAUAUAUAUAUACAUGUAUAUACACAUAUAUGUAUAUAUAUAUCAUUCCAAUUAACAAAGUUAUUUCUAUAUGAUUCCUCACUGUUAUAUAUCGAUGCAUAGCUAGUUAAACCGACAUGUCCGUAUAAUGGUGACAGCAGCUGUUAAUGUGGUCAGCAUAUGAGCAGAUCAGUUAUAGAUAAAUGGUGAUUAUUGUGUGGAAAUUAAAAAUUUCCUGUCGCUUGAUGUAAUUCUACGUGACAAUGUAACGUAUGUAAAAGUGCACUUAUAAUGGAAUGAACCAAAAGAUUAUAUAAUUUUAUAAUAAAGUGUUAGAAGUUAUUAUUGUAGCGUCGGCGAUAAACAAAUUUUGUAACACGUUACACGGAUGCCGGCCGACAUAUUGGAUUGAAAUAAAUAUACCAUUUUAACAUUU